UUGUGUAGGGUGGGUCCUAUAGUGCCACAUUCCAGUGGGAAUUCCUCCAACAGAUUUCGGAAAAUCAAAGAAACCAUCAACAAGUGGAUAUUUUUCAUCGGAUAGUUUCACAUUUUGUCGUAUUUUCCAACUUUGGACUAUUCUACAAUCAUUCUUUGAGCCGACCAUGACACAGGCAACUGAUAAAGACAGCGGCGACCAGCCUAACGGCACGAGUUGUGCACUGCCGCAGAAUGGUACACAUCAACGAACAAACGGCUACAGUCACUCUGAAAUAACCAAACGAAUCUCCAAUGGCAACGGUACGGGUCCGUCAACCAAGGCUAUAACAAACGGACACCUAGAAAAUGGCGAUGUCAAAAACGGCAAAAUCCAAAAUGGAAAUGUCCAGAAUGGUUCUGAGCAAAAUGGUAACGGUGUCGUGGCCAAGAAGCCAAAGCUGAUUGGUAUCGCCGGGAAAUGGUAUGACAUCACAACGUUUAUCCCUCAUCACCCUGGCGGUGAUGUCAUCGAACACUUCGUCGGGAAAGACGCCACGGAGGUGUUCCACGGCUUCCAUGAAAAGGACGUCUUGAAACAUCGGCAGCCGGUUGGAACGUACAGUCGCGACAACGUUGAGGAGGCCGGCAAGCGUUUCGCCGAUUUACUCGUGGUGUUUCAGAAAAAAGGAUUCUUUAAAACGAGCAUGCCGUGGUAUGCGAUGAAGUUUGCCAUAACCUUUUCGAUGUUUGGUAUCUGUAUUUACCUGGUAACGCAGCGCUCAGAGUGGUACCUCCACUACCUUGGUGGCAUCUUCCUGGCGAUGUUCUGGCAACAAUGCGGUUUCUUCCUCCACGACUUUAUGCAUAACCAGGUCACACACAACCGUCACAUUGAUCAACUCUUUGGCAUCUUCUUUGGAACGACCGGUGUCGGUUUGAGCGCAAGUUGGUGGCGAGACGAACACUUCGUUCAUCAUGCUUUAACCAACACUGUCGAUUAUGUCAAGGAGUUUUGGGACCCGCAGAUGAAAGAACCAAUUUGGGCCCAGAAUUCGAAACUCUACCCGUUCUACAAAGACAAUAUUGAAUCCAAACUUGUCCGCAUCCAGCAUUAUACGUUCCUACCUGUCUGUAUCAUCAUCGGGCGACUGGGAAUCAUCAUCGACAGCUUCAAGUACGAGACGCGCAUCAUUGAGUGGGUCGCGUUUGCUGCUCACUGGACGUGGAUGGUCUUGCUCCUCUCACAUCUCCCGUCGUACUGGGAGAUGUUCGUAUUUUACUCCAUCGCGUCGAUGCUGCAAGGAAUACUCACAGUUCAACUCCUCGUCUCGCAUUACGCCAAGGACUUCUUCCAUCUGGAGGAUGUCUGUGAGUCGCAGGAUUGGUACCGCAUGCAGAUCCAGUGCAACAUCAACAUUAAAAACCCUGUCUGGUUAGACUGGUUCCACGGGGGGUUAAACUUCCACAUCGAACACCACCUGUACCCCACGAUGCCGAGACACAACUACCGCGAGGCCAGCAAGUAUAUUAAAAAGGUUUGCAAAGAUCUGGACAUUGUUUACGAUGAGUGCGGCUGGUUUGAGGCGGUGAAAAGAACCCUUAUCCACCUGAAACAUUCUGCCAAGCACUUCAAGCUUGAUCCAAGAUGAGCUUUAGAGAAUUUUGUACUCAAGAUAUUAUUUGGUGCAUCAUGAGGUGAUGUGGUACAUCAUGAGGUGAUGUGGUACAUCAUGAGGUGAUGUGGUACAUCAUGAGGUGAUGUGGUACAUCAUGAGGUGAUGUGGUACAUCAUGACAUGGUCUAACAUGAUCGUUGCACUCUUCGUGGCCUUAAUACGAGACGUGGCAUUUCAAGAACAAAACCGUCCACACCUGAAACUUGUUCCCCCUCAUUUUCAGAAUGGUUUAUCUGAAAUGCUUUUCAACAUUAGUUGCCUCCAUGUGAAUGGUAAUUUGAUAUGCUUUUAAAAUGAGAAUUUUUAUUUGAGAAAUUUUAUUUUGUUUCAUAUUUACGUGUUAGAGUCGUGAAUUUAAAUUUUCCACGUUCUUUAAGAACUGCUGUUACCAUGGUAACCAUUGUCGCUGUGAUAUAUCUUUCUCGGUACCGGUACCCUACGAAGUCCCGACUGCAGACAAAUGUUUUCAAGUAGCCUUUGCCACUGGGACUGAGGAGAAGAAGGCAGCAAUUUUCAAUGUGCAACUUCUUAAGACCAUAUUAGAUCCACAAUUCAUCGUAGAAAAUAGUUUGGCUUGCCAAUGGUUUGUCAGUGACUUGUCAAUGCUUUCCCGAUUGGCUUCAAAUAGUUUGCCAGACGUCAGCCAAUGGCUGGCCAGUGUGAGACCAAUGGUUUGUUAAUAGCCUGCCAUGGGAAUACCUGUGGUUAGCCAAUGGCUGGCCAGUGGGAGACCAAUGGUUUGUUAAUAGCCUGCCAUGGGAAUACCUGUGGUUAGCCAAUGGCUGGCCAGUGGCUUACCAGUGGGUUACCAGUGUUGCCCUGUGUCUUGCCAGCACUGGCAAAUAGCUUUCCAGUGGUUUGCCAAUGGCAGGAUAUCCAAUCUUCUUCCUCGAAUUCCCCACCCUAGAGCUAUUGUCAGUUUCUCCUUGGUCCCAGUUGGUUCUUAGUAUUCCUCCAAGUGUCUUUCAGUCGUUGGUGAUAUUCAAGAAUAUUGGUGAAUCUCGCAGAGAAGCAGUUUAAGACCGAUAAUCUCAAUAGUAUCUUGACUCCCAUUGUUUUGGAAAUGACCAAUAUGGCACCCACUGUGGUUCUUUUUAAGAGGGUGUCCUUAAUAGUGUUAUAGCUGUCUCUCUUAUAGUACUAAAUACAGUAGAACCUCUCUAUUAAUGACACCCUCGGGACUGACAAGUACUGUCCUUAUUACAGAGGUCAAAUUGAAUGUGAAUGACCAAUUUGGGACAAACUCUGUGUCCUUAAUAGAUAGGGUGUCCUAGUAAGAGAGGUGUCCGCUAAGGGAGGUUCCACUGUAGUGGUUGUACCAAACGUUGAGAGUUUUGAUGUUUUAGUGAAAAAUAAACAUCUGAUUAUGUCUGUUAAGUGAACAUUUCGGUAAACUUCAUCGUGAAGUAACUUUUCGAGACACACUGUAUGUAGGCUUAGGGUUUUCUAUUCAAAAGUAAUUGAUGGGUAGGUGCACCAGUUGAAAUACUAACAUUACCACUUAUCUGUCAAUUAAAGAAGGAGGCGUGUGAGAUAAUGUCAGGCCGACACUUAUGAUGUUUCCAGUGUGCCUUUGUAGAGGACGUUAGAGUGAGAUUUGUGUACAUUUUCUGAUUUAUCCUAUACCCCCCCCCCCCCCCCCCAUGGAACUCAAGGACUGUUAUUGAAAUAUCAUAAUUACUGGGCCAACAUCACCUCAAAACUCUCCUCCUUUAAGGCAAGAUGCAAGGUGAAGGUCUUACACGGUCAAGGUCACAGUCAAGGUGUAACCUUUGUCAAGGUCACCUAUUGGCUACUCUGUAUAACUUCCUCUGAAUGACCUGGCUCCUCCGUGUAGUCUAUCUUUAACUUGCAGAUGUACAUUGCGAAAGUUUAACAUGAUGGGAUGGCUGACAUUAACUUGGACCCUCCUAAUUCUUACAACCACUUCCUUUAAUGGCGUGCAAGUGUGCUCACUUUAUUUUGACACGUAUUAAAACAACAUUGUUUUGUUGUACCGGUGCAUAUUUUAUAUCCAUCUGAAAACAACCAUCACAAUAUUAGAAGGUCAAUAAAAAUUAUUUUGUUCGAAUCUUUUAAAUGAGGAGCAUUGAAUUUACCAGGUAGUUAAUUAGAUAAUUCAAUAUUAAUAUGCAGCAUGUGCUAAACAUAUUUUCGUCCAGGCCAACUUUGACAGAUGCGUUAAAUGUUUGAAAUACUUGUAACGCUUUCUGGGGCAACAACUAACUAUAAUCCACUUUAUAUCUGGUUGAAACUGCACGCAAAAAAGCUAAAAUUUGCUGGGAAAAUUUAGCAGUAUUUGACUUGUUUUAGCCAAACGCUGUCUGAUUUUGGCCAAGUGACUUUUGAAAAUAUUCCAGACUUUGAAGUUUUAUAUGCAAAACACACUAAUGAUGUUAAGGCUGUUUUAGCAGAUUUGAAAGAUAGUUUCUCACUUAAAGGGACAACUUGUUGGGUAUGAGAUGUUGAUUUUUCAUACAAAAAUGGCUUCAGCAGGACCAUAAUUUCUCUUAUAAUUGAUCUGCAAUGAACAAUGCUCUAGAACGGCGUAACCAUAGGCCUGUCUGAAAUUAACAAGCCCUGUCCAAAACUGCCAGGCAACACUGAUGAAAAUGAUUAUCAGAGAUCAGCAUGUGACUAGUGUCAGCUCAUGGUGGCAACCAGGGGAAAUAUUCCCUCGGCCAGGUUAAUACUACACCCUUGUUGUUCCUUUAAGAGACUGUCUUAAUGAGAAUCUGUCCUAGAUUUAUCUGGUGCCUUGGCGGGGCUGGGUGCUGUGGUUUUAUAAACAAAAAAAUGUAUAAUUCUGUGUUUGAUAACAGAUGUUGUGUGAUUUGGAGUCAUUAUGCAUCAUCGGUUGAGGAUUGUGGGUGGGUUCAUAUAAAGACAUAAUGCGAGGAUUUGAGUUUUCCCCAAAACAGAGCAACAUUUUCAUAUUGUGGUCGUUUGUGUUUUGUGCGUGUUUCUCUGUCCAUCCCCCACGUGAGUAUCGAACCUCGAUCGUAGUGUCGCAUGAUUGUCCUAAGAGAUGGCGCUGUCACCAGUGUUCGGUUGACGCGCCAAGAAAGGACUUGACGACUCGAUAAUUUAAAAAAAUUACCUAACACGAUUGGUUUGAAUGUUGUGAUGUAACUUUUCCAAAAUAUAAUGCAAGAUGUGAUUGAUGCACUGUUGUACUUUGCACUGAGUGAAUACUACUUCCGUUGUUGGUGCGUGGUUCGGCCUUAGUUGGCCCGGACAGAUGUGCCCCUGACAUUUGGUGCGGGGAACUACGGUCGAGUCACUUGCCGAGAACAUAAAAUCUAUAAGUGUUAUUUCAAGAGGUCAACAAUAUACCACAUGUACCAGUAUUUAAAAGUUUAACAAGCACAGUGUGAUAAGUGUCUGUCAUACAGAGUGUUGAUUAAAAGUCUGGUUAGUUUUCAAGUUGAAUAGCGUUAUAAAUUUUCCAAAUAUGAUAUUUGCAAUGGAAAUUAGAAGCAAUUAGAUUUAUCCUAAAUGCUUCCUUCAGUAACACACUGCUGAAAUAGACUGCUGAAUAAGAAUUCUACUGAUCUAAAAAUAUUAAAAAGUUAUUCAAUUCUAAAACUGCCCUGAUUUUUAAGCAACACCCUAUACUUAUAUUCUACCUGAAGUUCCUUGUCUGACUGCUUUUGUCAUGAAAUCAUUAAUAUCAUGCCUGCAUCUCAUUGUUUGUAAGGGCAGUGAUAAGAGGUAGACGUGAUACCAACCAUGUUAUUGAUAUACACCCAUUUUGACAGAUGACCAGUUUAGGCCUGGUCAUUUGAGCCCAUGACUGUUUCAGUCCCGGUUAUUUUUGCCCAUGACCAGAGGUUGUUUCGGGGUGACAUGGGUCAUCAUCUAAGGCUAAAUACCAUGACAUGAUCUGACAUGACAUGACAUGACAUGACAUGACAUGAUCUGACAUGAUCUGACAUGACAUGACAUGCGUCCACUACAAGUCAACCGUUGGUCAACUUUAAGAUUUUUGGUGUCAUUCCUCCUUUUUUUUUGCAUAUUUUAAAAUUAAGCUGUUCAACUUGCGAAAAUGAAAUUCACCAAAACUAGUUUCUGUGGAAAAAAUCUAAAGAGAAAUUUCGUUAUCCAACAAAAUAGAAAAUAUGAUUAUCCGAGAAAUAUUCUCAAAAUCUUUUAAAUAAAGAAUGCAAAAUGUUGAUUUUGUAGAUGACAUCAUGGAGGUAUGAUGACAUGUAGAUGAAUGACUGGUUAUCAAGAGUUAUUCCAGUGUAGAUGACAUGUAGAUGAAUGACUGGUUAUCAAGAGUUAUUCCAGUGUAGAUAAAGCCAUGUGUUUCUGGUGAUAACAUCUACUAUGUGCUUUAAGAUCUUUAUACUCAAUAAAUACCGUCCAGUACAAUCCUCCUGCCAUAUAUUCUUAUCAUAGUUCAAUAUGGCUGCCUAUAUUGUGUAUUUGUAGCCAUCACCUUAUCGGGUCAGAAUGUAGUGAACAUGUAGCAAUAGUCCAUUGCAACGCCAAGAGAUGUGAUUCGGCUUGUAUAUUUCAUGCAUUCCAUUUCCAAUGAUCUCAAUUCUCUCGCAGUUAGCUGGGAAUACUAUGGGUUGUCAUGGGCAGCAGUAAUUCUAGUUACACCCAAUGAUUGUAUAUUGAUAUUGUUGUGACAGCUUUCAUCAUGAAAGGCCUAUGAUGUUCACGUACUUGGUAUUGUUGCUGUUGUGUAGUUAUAAUGCACACUAAUCUGCUGAAACUUGGCCUUCAUAGUAUUUGUUCGUCAAAAAAUGUCCUACAGUUGGAAGACAUCCUACACAUCUUGACAAACAAGACUUUGAGAAUGUGACGCCCUGCGAUCUCAGUGUCGCCAUCUGUACCAUUUCCACAUGUACUAGAAACUGAUGCUCGUCAUUCAGAUAUGAGAACUAUGAGAUGACUCUCCCUUUAAACAUAUGAAAUGGUUGUACUUGAACAUUCUGAGAUUUAUGUAUGUAUCAGACACUGGUGAUUGUACAUACGUGAAUGAUUGCCACUUGGUAAGAUGGAAUGCCUAGCAGGUCACUCGGUAAGUUGGAAUACCUGGCUUGCCACUCGGUAAGUUGGAAUGCCUGGCUUGCCACUUGGUAAGUUCGAACGCCUGGCAGGCCACUCGGUAAGUUGGAAUGCCUAGCAGGCCACUCGGUAAGUUGGAAUGCCUGGCUUGCCACUCGGUAAGUUGGAAUGCCUAGCAGGUCACUCGGUAAGUUGGAAUGCCUGGCUUGCCACUUGGUAAGUUGGAAUGCCUGGCUUGCCACUCGGUAAGUUGGAAUGCCUGGCUUGCCACUCGGUAAGUUGGAAUGCCUGGCUUGCCACUCGGUAAGUUGGAAUGCCUGGCUUGCCACUUGGUAAGUUCGAACACCUGGCAGGCCACGUACUCCUUUAAAAAAGCUGGAACGUCUGGCUUGAAUACACUUCAUGCUCUGAAGGCAAUUAUUUCUCGUGGAUGAUUUAGAGUAGACAUUAAUGCAUAGAAAUGGAGUGUUGUUGCUAAGGGUUCGGGAAGAGUGCUCUCGCUGGGCGUUAGACAUCUGUAUUACUGUGAAAUCCAAUAUCUGAAAUACUCUACUUGGAUACUUGCGGCAUAGGGAAUUGCUGAGAGUGCUGUGUAAAGUAAUAAUGUUAGUCAGGACAUUGGAAAUCUGCCUCACACGCUAUUGUACCAGAUUUAUGUGUUUUUUUUUGUGUUUGUAAGAGAUGCAGAUGCAGCGCCCCUAGUGGUAGCUCUUUUGGGAGAAAAAAUAUGGCCGCCUUCUGGCGUCGACUGUGUCGAUUUCAUGUCAAGUUUUUGCUAAAAACCGCACACUGACACGAGGGGCGCUCAUUUGGAACAAUGUACGAGUCUGUGACUGCCAUUCAGCCUUAUAACUCCGUCUCCUUGGCAACAACACUAACGCCACAUCAACUGCUGAUCAAAUAUUUAUUCGCUUUUUUCAUAUUUUCAUAUUCACAAUAUUAUUUUAGUUUUGACAGUGUUUACUAUUCGCACCAUUACUCCCCGUUGAUACAAUGGACUCACCCAAUACUCAGGAAAUUAAUCAUUGGGAGAUCUCAUAAGAGGUAUCAUAGGGGUGUCUUAUACAUUCCAAGGACAGUUAUGGUGAUAGGCACCCAUUCUCCACUCAUGACCGGAACUAGGAUUAUUUGAUGACAUUAUUCCGUCCCUGCUUGCAUUGGCCUCCAUGCUAGAGACCAGCCCAUUUCAUCAUUAGAAGACUUUUAGUGUCUCUAUGUACAUUUAGGUUUCAAACUGCUGCAUUUGAAUUGAUUUUGUUGAAAUGUUUCGUUGACUGUGGCUAUGGCAAACCUUAAGUCUAAUGACAGUAGGCCUACACAUAACAUCAAGAAUGAAUGAAGAUGAGUCGUUAUCAACUUUUGAAAUCACGUAUAAUGGCGUUACAAAAUGCAAGCAGAGAAUAUGCAAGAUUAUACUCUCGACUCACUGGUCUGAGACCGGUUCAUUUAUUCAACGCGUGACUUCCCCCAGUACAAUGCAUUAAAUCGGCCAAGGUCACUUCAUACUGAUUGGCCCAAACAUGUCUUCAAGUCAUGGUGAGGUACAUUCAUUGACUGUGGUCGUCAUUGGGAAUGAAGUAAACUUCUAUCAGUGAUUAUGGUGUAUUCACCAUCUAUCAGUGCAGGUCUAUUGGCAACGAAUCGUAAAUAAAAUAAAUGGCAUUGAUAAUAAAGUGAAAUGCCUUGAUGGGUGUGGUGGCGUUCUGAAUGGUGAUGCAGAGGUGAAUGGCAUAAACCAUUAAGACAAAUUGUUGUUGCCCUCUCUGUUCAUCCCGAUUAAACAAUGUUGAAUGGCAUCAAACGACAAUGUGAAUAAUAUCUUGGCUUGGCUUGCAUAUUCAUCACUGGCCUUGUAUCGGUGAGUCUAGAGUAUCUGCCUAAUUGGUCACCUGGCACCUUCAGAAACAUUUUUUACCAACAGAUGUGAGAAGUUGUAUUGAAGUGUCAGCUUAGGAUGGUACGCCAUUCGUAAUUUCAAGUGGUCCAGGAAAAUAGCAAUUUCAGUUUCCCCUCCUGAAAAGGGUUAAAUUUGACAACAGAAAUUGAAAGAUUUCUGCCCCAACUCUCUGUGGGCCUUUAUAUUUUCAAAAUUGAGCCAAAAAUAAGGAUGUUAGAAGCAUAUUUUUGCAAGUAAGGGCAGUUCUAAGGACAGAUUUCCACUUGGGAAAUUUUUCAGUUGUUUGCUCUGAGCUCUGUCCCAUCUCGGUGUCCCACACUGGGGUCUGUUUAUUUCUCAGCUGCUCACAACCCAACAAUGACAGUUUUUUUGGAACAUCCUACUCACUUGUCUUUAUUGUUUGUCUGUAUAUCCAGAAAUUCAAUUUUAUUUCAUAUAUUGUUGAAAGAUAUGAAGUACUGUGAAGGCACCGCUAAAAGCCACGCCCUGGUGUAGGUAAAUGUAACUAAGGUCACUAAGGUAACUAAGGUCAAUUUCAAGUUCAAGUGAACUGGACGAUAUCCACAUUAAAUGACUUUUUGCAAUGAAUAGUAGGGGCAACCUGUCACAUAAUUUUUUUCAAAUCGCUUGCAGAUCCUUGCAUCUUUCGGUUACGGUUUAUAGGUGUAAAUGCACAACUGGUAAAAAUAAAUUGGUAGGAAGCAAAUCUUAUAUGAACCUUGUAUUCAAGAGUUAAUACUAGUCUUAUUCUUGCUAUGAAUUCAUUGUGUUAUCCAAGAAAUUGUUUAGAAUUAACAUUUGAAAACUUGAAGCAAUUUGAGGGGCACAACUGUGACAAUCGGUUAGGAGACGUUAAUACACCAUCCUGCAUGUAGGGGGCAGCACUCACCACAUAAUCUGUCACAAUGUAUCCUCUUCAAUCAAGGAGGGAUGGAGGUGCAUUGCAGUUCUCUCACUCUCCAAUAAAGAAGUUACAGACAACAGAAUUGUAACCUCUUCCUCGGAGAAUGGAACAAUGAUAUUUCGUCUGUGCGGGCAGGUGAUUCGUUCAGCGCUGUUGAAGAACUGUUCCUACCGAGCCCGAUAUUAGAUUGCCUUCUGAGGCAGACCUUCAUUGAGUCUUAUUAAAUUGGCUCUGGCUGUCCUCCUCGAAAGUGCCUAUUGCAGCCAUCCUCAUCUUGCUUCUUGUUCAACUCUCCAUUGUCAAUUAGAAAUUCCCCUGUCAAUCAUGUGUGUGCUAUUUUGUAUUAACCAAUUAAUAGAACUUGAUUCUCAUUUGACUUGAACAAGUUUGGUCAUUCAUUCAUAAA